ACAAGUAAGUUUCUUGUUUAUUGUAAUGUGUUGUGUAUAUUUACAAUACUUGAAUUUUAGAGAAUGGCUAACUCGUGCUUCACAAUGUGAGACUUAUUCAGAGAACAGAGAUACUGUGGGAAUACCUUACUUAGGAGAUACUAUCUACAGUCUGUUACAUUCAAAAGAGAGAAAGUUUCUGCCAUAAUUUUUUCUGAAGCUGUGUAAUUCAUGUGUAUGUAUCUCUGUUGACAUUUACAUUUAGUCUCUAGGUGGACACUUUUAUCCUAGGUCACUUCCAAGAGACUUUAUAGCAAUUCUCGCAAAUAACCAAUAUAUAUAUAUAUAUAUAGUAUGAAUAUUUUUUAAAGGUGUAUGUUUGCCUUUAUUGUUGAAAUUAUGUACCAGAUAGAGGAGAAGAGAGAAUAUAUGGCUGAGAAAUUAUUUUCUAAUAUUAUAGAGGACGUUCAAAGGAUCCAAUCUAACCAAAGAAGCAAAACUGAGCAAAACAGAAAGAAAGAGAGACGUCACAAACGCCCCCAGUGCAGAAAGACUUCAUACCAGGAAUUACAUCAGGUACAGGACACGAGGGGGAGACAACAUGAAUGCUCCCAGUGUUUUAAAACAUUUGCUAGACGUUUCAAUCUUGCAAUUCAUCAACAAAUACACACAGGAGAAAAACCCCAUCAGUGCAGUACAUGUGGGAGGGCCUUUACCCAAUUGGCUACUCUCAAGAAACACGAGAGGAUCCAUACUGGGGAAAAGCCACACCAGUGCAGUACAUGUGGGAAGUCCUUUGGUAGAAUGACUAAUCUCAAGAAACACCAGAUGAUCCAUACUGGGGAAAAGCCGCACCACUGCUCUACAUGUGGGAAGGCCUUUAGUCAAUUGUCUGACCUAAAGACACACCAGAGGAUCCAUACUGGGGAAAAGCCUUAUCAGUGCAAUGCAUGUGGGAAGGCCUUUAAUCGAAUGACUCAUCUCAAGAUUCACCAAAUGAUCCAUACUGGGGAAAAGACCCAUCAGUGUCCUCAGUGUGGAAAGGCCUUCAGUCAAAUGUCUACUCUCAAGAAACACCAAAUGAUCCAUACUGGGGAAAAGCCACACCAGUGUAGCACAUGUGGGAAGGCGUUUAGUCAAUUGUCUAACCUCAAUACACACCAGAGGAUCCAUACUGGGGAAAAGCCGUAUCAAUGUACUUCAUGUGGAAAGUAUUUCAGGGAAAGCUCCAACCUAUCCAAACAUCAGAGGAUCCAUACUGGUGAAAAGCCACAUCCGUGUUCUCAGUGUGGAAAGACCUUUAGUAGAAUGGCUGAUCUCAAGAGACACCAGAGGAUCCAUUCAAAUGAUGUGCUGCCCUGCUAAUACUUGAUGGAGUAUCACUUACUGACAUUUUUUUUUUGAUUAGCUGAGUUUAAAACAACAUUUGAUGUACAAGAUGAGGUGUUAUUGUGUCAUAUUUGAACCGGUAUUGGGGUAGAAAUUGAAACAUAACUUGUUAGGGUACAAUGUGGAAAGGCCUUUAGACAAAUGUUUAAUCUCAAGAGACAUCAGAGGAUCCAUUCAAAUGAUGUGCUGUCCUGCUAAUACAUGAUGGAGUAUCACCUACUGAAAUAUUUCUUGAUUAGCUUAGUUUCAAACAACGUUUGAUGUACAAGAUAAAGUAUUAUUUUAUCAUAUUUAAAACGUAUGAUGGAGUAGAGAUUGAAACAUAAACUGCUAGGGUACAUGAAUUCAAUAAAAGAAAAACUUGAA